AUGACACCUUUGGCGUCGAUCCUCUUGGAAUUCCUCACUGGCGUGGUGUUGUUCAAACCGCUUGCGAUGCCUCGCCUUCCUAUUUGGGAAACCAUAUCACGUGACUCUCUCGGCCGCGCGCCAGUGAUCUACAGCAUCGCUCAAUGGUCCCCACCGUUCUUCUCGGGCGAACAGCCAAUCGAUGACUCUGUCGGUGCCGGGCUAAACCCGAUCCUAUCAGGGUUGCACGGCGGGUCCGUAACUGAAGCCCCAGUGUGA